AUGGAUCUGCUCCAGCUUGCUUGUAUUUUCAUCAUCGACCUCUGCGCCCUAUACCACCGCUACACCGACGGACACUGGUCCAAAUCCGCGCUCUCCUGUGUGGCGUUCACGCAUGUCGGGUUGCAAGAUGACAGCCGUCUGGAAGGUGGGGCAAUGCCGACGACGCCUCGCAGUGGGCCGCGCGCCAUCGCGACCCCCUGCUCUGUUAACCAACGGACGGCGCUGACCUCCCAGGAGGUCGUCCCCACGGCGAAGGUCGCAGCGAAAGGUCAUCUCCACUGUGAACCGACGCCGGGCUCGAGGUCUCGGGGGACCUGGCGGGAUCGUCGGGUCCAAAUCCGACGCCAUCACCUGCGCCUCGAUCUGGGAGGCGGAUGA